AAUCAGAGUUGGGGACUACAUUUCCCGGCGUUCCGCAGUUACGCAUGCGCAAUGUCACCGUCGCGCCAUCUUGACAGCGGGAGCCGCAAUCAAACUGAGCGGAUCCUCUCCUGUCGGAUCGUUCCAUGAUCGGCCCUUCGGCGGGAGGGAGGGCGCUCUGUGGAGGAGAGGCCAGGAUGCCGGUGGUGUGGCCCACACUCCUGGACUUCAGCAGGGAUGAGUGCAAGAGGAUUCUUCGCAAGUUGGAAUUGGAGGCAUACGCAGGCGUUAUUAGUGCCCUUCGGGCACAGGGAGACCUCUGCAAGGAGAAGAAGGACCUUCUAGGAGAACUUUCCAAAGUCUUAAGCAUUUCAACAGAGCGGCAUCGUGCUGAGGUUCGAAGAGCUGUCAACGAUGAGCGACUUACAACAAUUGCCCACAACAUGUCCGGUCCAAAUAGCUCUUCCGAGUGGUCAAUUGAGGGGCGGCGCUUGGUACCACUGAUGCCGCGCUUAGUCCCUCAAACGGCUUUCACAGCCACCGCCAACGCAGUGGCAAAUGCCGCCGGGCAGCACAACGCCUCGCUCCCUGACCCUGCAGAGACUGGCAACAAAGAAGUGGUGGUUUGUUACUCCUAUACGAGUACUACAUCAACACCGACCUCCACUCCAGUCCCUAGCGGAAGCGUAGCCACCGUGAAGUCUCCUCGGCCUGCAAGUCCUGCGUCAAAUGUCGUCGUCCUACCCAGCGGCAGCACCGUCUAUGUCAAAAGUGUCAACUGUUCGGACGAUGACGAAAAGCCACGUAAAAGGAGGCGCACAAAUUCCAACAGCUCUUCUCCGGUGGUACUGAAGGAGGUUCCCAAACCCACAACGCCAGUGUCCAAAACAAUCACGGUGCCUGUGACCGGCAGCCCCAAGAUGAGCAACAUCAUGCAGAGCAUUGCCAAUUCCUUGCCCCCCCACAUGUCUCCUGUGAAGAUCACCUUCACCAAGCCUGCCACCCAGACCACAAACACUUCUACCCAAAAGGUGAUAAUAGUUACCACCUCUCCGAGUUCAACAUUUGUUCCCAACAUAUUAUCCAAGUCCCACAAUUAUGCUGCAGUCACCAAAUUGGUCCCCACCUCAGUCAUUACCUCUGCAACACAAAAACAGCCGCUGGUAGUCACUGCCUCUCAGUCCUCUGUAGUCACAAGCAGCAGUACAAGUUCAUCUUCUCCACCACUGACCUCCGGUAGCAUUGCUGUUACUACAGUGGUAUCCUCUACUCCAUCUCUGGUCAUGUCAACCGUAGCACCAGGUGCUUCAACAUCUGCAGUCAAGGCAGCUACCAACAGACUCCCAUCCCCCAAGAGCCUGGUCACCUCCCCUAGUCAGAUCCUGGCCCAGUUACCAAAACAGUACCAGCAGUCCCCCAAGCACCAGAUACAUACGAUACCCCAGCAGACGCAGCAGCUGGCCCAGGCCACAGCAAUCACAAACCCAGGCACCAUCACUCACCCACCCACUGCACAGCAGCCUCCAAUGCCUGCUGCCAUGAAACCAACCAUACAGAUCAAGCAGGAAUCGGGUGUUAAGAUCAUCACUCAGCAAGUGCAGCCCAGUAAGAUCUUGCCCAAACCAGUGUCCACAUCCCUGCCGAACAGCAGCAACGCUCCCAUUAUGGUGGUGAGCAGCAAUGGUGCAAUCAUGACUACAAAAUUGGUCACCACCCCGAGUGGGACACAAGCCACGUACACACGUCCAACCAUCAGCUCUGCCUUGGGAGCCCGCAUGGCUGCUACACCCGGGGCUACCUAUGUAAAAACCACAAGCGGGAGCAUAAUCACCGUGGUACCGAAAUCGCUGGCUACACUGGGAGGGAAAAUCAUAAGCAGCAACAUAGUGUCAGGUACAACAACAAAGAUCACUACAAUUCCAAUGACCUCCAAGCCUAAUGUGAUUGUGGUGCAGAAAACUACAGGCAAAGGAACGACGAUACAAGGCCUUCCGGGCAAAAACGUUGUGACCACAUUACUGAAUGCCGGGGGGGAUAAAACCCUACAAGCGAUGCCAGCAGGAACAAAGCCAGCUAUAAUCACGGCAACUCGCCCAAUCACCAAGAUGAUUGUGACGCAGCCCAAGGGUAUGGGAUCGACUGUUCAGCCAGCAACCAAAAUCAUCCCCACCAAAAUAGUGUAUGGGCAACAGGGGAAGACCCAGGUCCUUAUAAAGCCCAAGCCAGUGACGUUCCAGGCCACUGUGAUGAGCGAACAGACCAGGCAGCUGGUGACAGAAACCCUGCAGCAAGCCUCCCGUGUGGUAGAGGCAACAAGUGCUACUAUUCAAGAGGUCAAAGAGGAUACAGAGAGCAGCUCCUCUUCCACGGAGUCCUCCCAGAGCUCUCAAGAUUCCCAGCCUGUUGUUCAUGUUAUUGCUUCUCGAAGCCAGGAUUGGGCAGAACAUGAAAUAGCCAUGGAUACCACUCCUACCAUCAUCUACCAGGAUAUUGGGGGAGAAUCCCAGUCUGCUACAUCGACCAUUAAGGCCCUUAUGGAGCUCCAGCAGACUGCAGUGAAAGAGAAAGUGGAAAAUAAACUACGACAGCCGACUAUCGAUCUAAGUCAAAUGGCUGUUCCCAUUCAGAUGGCUGCAGAUAAACGCCACGCUGAAGGCAGCUCUAUUGCCAUGGUGGAGUCAGAGCUGGUGGCAGAAUACCUAAGUACAGGCAAAAGACAAAUGGCUUCUACUAACACCGUGAGCUCUGGGGAUAUGCCUCUCCCAUCCCUACUGCAAGUGAGCCAUCCAUCGCAGCAGCUGCAGCAGGUCCAACCCACGCGCACCCUAUUGCAGCAUGUUAGCCAGUCCCAGACAGCAUCGCAGGCUUCUGUGGUGGUGAAAUCAAUCCCUACCUCCUCCAGUGGAGCCAUCACUCAUAUCAUGCAACAGCAUUUUACUAACUUUGUCUCACAGGCACUGAGCAGUCACACAGCUUUCACCAAGAGAAGCGAGGAGACUGUGACUGAAGAAGGGGAGGUGGAGGAAAUGGACACUUUAGACCCCCAAACGGGCAUCCUGUACCGGGCCGCCAUGGCACAAAAGCAGCAGAAACAGGUUCAUCUGCAGCAGGAAGGAGCUCAUCUGCAAGUGAAGACGGUGCAGUCCCUGCAGACCAAGCAGAAACAGAUCAUUCAGCUCCAGCCGGAUCAAAUGCAGCACAAAAUCCAACAGACGGCGCAGCUCUCCAUCCGCCAGCAAAAGGUCACUCCCAUGCAGCAGGAGCACGCACAGCGCCACCUGGUGGUGAAAGAGAGACACAUCCCUAACAUUAUGUCUCAGCCCCAGCAGACUGUAGUGCAAGUGCUGGCCGUUAAAACCACCCAGCAGCUGCCCAAACUGCAGCAGGUUCAAGGUCAACAAAAGAUUUACAUGCAGACUCCAAUACAAAUGCCAGUCUCAUCUGAGAAACAAGCUGUUACGCAGAUGACCCAGUCUAUCGUGUCCCCAGGAUCAGCCGUUACAAAGAUCACCUUUGAGGGCCACCAACCUCCCACCGUCUCCAAGGCAUCUGUAAGCGACUGCCUGCCCAGACUGACCCCCGCAGUCGCCAGCAUCCUGCCUACUGUCCAGAGCUCUGAGAAGUCCUCCGUAGCCGAUAUCCUGAAGAUGUCUAUGAUGGAGGCAGACAUUGACACGAAUGCCGAGCCCAUGGUUGUUGAUGCCCCCACCAAAGUUGCCCCCAUUAUUAAACCCAUGCCCAUGCUGACUGAAGCUACAGUAACCCAGGUUCCAAGGUUUUCUGUGCCAGUGACUGCUUCUGUUCCACCGCCUCCAAAAUGUUUCCCGGCCCCCAUUAUAACGGCCGCGCCCCCUACUGUGCUGCCUGGACCUCUCCCACCGCCACCCCCUCUUACAAGGAAAGUCGACGUCCCCAUUGCCAGCCAGAUCAUCCAGAUACAGAACGUUCAGCAAAAGAGAACUGAGGAAGUGCCUUCUGAAAUAAUUAUCCAGACCAUCCCUCAGUAUCAUGCCAUCCCUUGUCACUCCAGCUCCAAUGUGGUAGUGGAACCCAGUGGGCUCCUGGAGAUGAGUAACUUUACCAGCCAGAGGCUCGGGGAGGAAGACGUCGUCUUGGCUCACGACGGGGAGAGUGGCAAAAGCCAAGCCCCUAUCCAUAUCGAGGACGUAUAGCAGCGCCCCAAUGGCCGGACCCUCCUGCUUGUGUCACAUGACUCCUGUACAGUAUGGCCGCCCCCCUCUUCCCUUUUUAACUUAAGCUUGAGAAGCUGCUGGCUCGACCCUAUCAGAACCUACCUAGAUAGCCAAUCAAGGUUUAAGAAGAGAUGGAUGGCCCUCUUAUCGGUGGAGUCCUUUCAUUGGUGCUGAGAUGCUCUAGAAUAUUAAAGGGAAACUUCACUCUUUUUUUGUGAGAUUCCUCCGAAGCACACUUUUCAUUUCAUCUGAUUGGUGGGAUUUACAGAACCCGGGUACUUGGAUUUACAGAACCCGGGUACUUGGAUUUACAGAACCCGGGUACUUGGAUUUACAGAACGCGGGUACUUGCCCCCAGAGCCACAAGGACAAUUCUGCAAAUCAUGAGACCAUGCAUGGGUUUGAAUGUGUUGGAUUACUUGGCCUUGGAUUUCUACCAACGAAUAGGAGGGGAGGGGGCUGUUUGUCCUUUUUUGUAUUUUUAAUUGGACUUGGGAAUAUUACAUUUGUGAUUACAAAAUCUGCCCCAAAAAUGAAGUUUCUCACCAUAAGAAAAGGACUGGCCGGCCCGAAUGCCCAAUGUGCCCCAGCCUGGGGGUAAUUGCCAUCAGUCCUUCCUUGUAUUCAGCAUAGGCCAAAAAUGUAGCACCAUCUAAAUCUAUUCAUUCUGAAAUUUGGCCCCUGGGUUCUAGGUGUU